CCCUCCUUCCAUAUUCACCGUGUAAUAGGAAAGCAGUCCUGCGUUGUAGUCCAGCACAAACCAGCGGUACUGCCAACCUUUCAUCAGGUUGGUCCAUUUGCUCAGCGGACCUUCCAUGAUGGACGCCAUCUUGGGAGCCGACAACAGCUGUAAUUCGGAAAAAAGUCGAAAGACUCCACUGCAUAAUGUAGAUGCCUGAGGCCUUUCUGUCUUGAGCACUGAUUCUUUUUUCCUCUCUCCCAUCAACAUCUGCAAGGAUUAUACAUCAUUAUUCAUGGAUUUUAGCCAAUGGAAAAGAUCUGUCUCCUCACCUAUGGAUGGCAGGAACGGUGGGUUCUGUCUAAGUACAGAAGUGAUUAUGGCAAAUUUCGAAUAGGAUCAGGAAAAUUUUAUGGUGACAGAGAAAAAGAUAUAGGUUUGCAGACAACUCAAGACAUUAGGUACUAUGCGGUAUCAGCAAGGUUUCCGCCAUUCAACAAUGAAAAUCAGACUUUAGUGGUUCAAUAUACAGUAAAAUAUGACCAACAGGUUGAUUGUGGUGGGGCCUAUAUCAAACUUUUUUCUGUCGAUCUGAAUCAAGAGAUCCUGAAUGAAGAUUCACCAUAUUAUAUUAUGUUUGGACCUGAUAUAUGUGGAAAAUAUAAAAAGGUAGUGCAAGUUAUUUUGAACUAUAAAGAUGACUACUAUUUUAUUAAAAAGAACAUUACGUGUGAGACGGAUGACUUUACCCACCUCUACACUCUGAUUCUACGUCCUGAUUUAACUUAUGAAGUAAAGAUAGAUAAUUAUGUGGUUGAGGCUGGCCAUCUAGAAGAAGAUUGGGACUUCCUGCCUCCAAAAAGGAUCAUAGAUCAUGAUCUGCCAAAACCUGAUUAUUGGGAUGAAAGGCCAACUAUUUCAGAUCCCACACAUAAAAAACCAGAUGAUUGGGACCAACCACAAAGAAUUCCUGAUCCUACUGUGAUAAAGCCAGAUGACUGGGAUGAAGAAAUGGAUGGGGCAUGGGAACCACCAUUGAUUCCAAAUCCUGAAUAUAAAGGCAUUUGGAAACCUCGUAUCAUUAAAAACCCUAAUUAUAAUGGCAUUUGGGUCCAACCAGAAGUUGACAACCCUGAAUACAAACCAGAUCCUAAUAUUUACAAAUUUUAUAACAUUAGUGUCAUUGGUUUAGAAAUUUUACAGGGAAAAUCUGGUACAAUAUUUGAUAACUUUCUUAUUACAAAUGAUGAAGACUAUGCUGAAGAUGCUGGGAAUGAAAUGUGGGGUGUCACUUUUGAGAGGGAGUGGAGGAGACGGGAAGGACAAGAUGCAGCAUUUAAAAAUAUUAAUGAACAGGAGCCAAAAAAAGAGAUCAAGAAAGAAAAGAAGAAAAAAGUUAUUAAAGUCAAAGAUGAACUCUGAUCAAUCAAACCAUUGUAUAAUUACUGUCACUCAAUCUGGUAAUCACUGUUGGGUAGUAUUGUACUUAUUUUCUAAUGUUAUCCAAAAUGCAAUGGUGAUAUGAAAAUCCUGACAAUUUUUGUACUACUAGAUGACUGGUGAAUACCUGAAAAAAUGUAUAGUUUCUAUAGUUUGUUUUAUACAUAUCAAUCUCUGCAAUAUUACAAUCUAUUGAUGUUCAGAAGAAGCAUUAAUUUCAUAUACAUGAAGGAACUUACACACUGCAGAGAUGUGAGACACGUAAUUCACACUCAUUGAACACAAAAUCACUUCUGAAUUGAAAGGGAGAGUAACUAUUUCCAAAUACCCAUAGAUAGUCUGAAACCUUACUGAAACUACCAUAAUCAGAAAUACAAGAAGACCUUAUGUGUUAUUUGUUAAUUGUAUCCAGGUUGCAUGGGGAAAUGCUGUGUAAAAAAACAUCCUCAUAUCUGAUGGAUUUUCUGAUUUUUUUGUGAUUUGGGGGGGGGCUUAAAAAGAAACUGAAAAUAGGUCACGAAAGACAUAUGAAUCAGCCCCCCCUCCCGAAUCAGAACAAAGACUUAUAAUUAUUAGCAAACAUUGAUUAAUUGUAAAGUCAUAGAAUUGUCAAAUUGGAAAGUAACAAAGGUCAUCUAUUCAAAUCCUUUGCAAUAUGCAAGAAAACCUAUUUAACAAGUCCAGCCUAUUCUUAAAAACCUCCAGAAAUGGAGAAUCCAAGCCACUGUAGAAAGCUUAAACCUUUGCCUUCCUCCCAUUCAUUACAUGAAAAAUUCUUCCUAAAAAUCUAGGCCUGAUAGUCCAUGCCAUUUGGGUUUUACAAAAACUGGAACUAAUAAGUUUGAUUUCAAAUUCCCUAAAUCCAAAAUGGCCUCCAUUCAGAUGCUGAGGCUUUUCUCUCAUUAAUGAAUCUUAUGUGAUGUGGGAAGCUAAUGUUUGCAAUAUGAUUUUUGUUACUUUUUUUGUCAUUUAGCGUGCUGGAUACAAUGCAUUUUGAUACAGAUGUAUAGCUUAUGUAGAAUAUUUCACAUCACCGCUUCUUUCAUGUUUAAUUUUUCCUGAAGUUGUGGGAAAAACUGGUAGCUGCUACCAUGUGUAAUUGUAUGACUAAACAAUAAAAGAGCUCCUCCUAUAUUUAUAUAUAA